AUGGAGUCUUCUGGUGCUUCGGUAGCUGGCACCGCAUACGGCGAUGGCUCAAACUCUGUCGAAAACCGGGGACUGCUGCCACGGUCGAAAGAUGAUGCCAACUACGAGAGGCACAGUAAGCCCCUGAAGGCUGGAGAGUUCAAGCUGCGGGCUUCUACGGCAAGGACCCAAGCAGUGCUAAACGUGGUAUGCGGCAUUGAAGGAAUAGACAUGCAGCUCAUGCCCGCCAGUUUCAAAGCGCUACAGUCCGACUUCCACUGGGCUCUGCAGGAUCUCGGCUCUCUUGUUUUCUAUCAGGAAAGUCUUUCGCCUCCCUCUAUUCCUUUCGUUGGUCUUAGCGUUUCACAGGCCAUAUCGGGACUAUUUUGGGGUCUACUGGCCGACAGAACAUCGCGCGUGCGGCUUUUAUCCGUAGGCUGCGCUGGUUGGGGAAUCGUGGCGAUAUUUUUGGCGAGCUCCACUUUCUUCUGGCAGUUCGCUCUUCUGAAAGUGCUUAACGGGGUGGCCAUGGCCAGCAUUGGCCCUGUGGCGCAAUCGCUUAUAGCGGACCUUUUCCCCCCCACAAUGCGGGGGGAACACUUCGGCUGGCUUCAGCUGUUCCUAUGCGCCGGGUGCAUUCUGGGAGCGACGAUGGGCGGCUCCCUUGCCAGUAUCACUGUCAUCGGUGGCGUGAAGGGGUGGCGAAUUGCUUUCUUUUCGGCAGGCGUUUUGUCGCUGUUUGCAGCGGCGCUGGUACAGAUCGUUGCAAAGGAGCCGCGCCGUCAUUCUAUGGCCUCUCUCCUCACAGCUUGCCCUCUUGUGGGAGGUUUACUGGGCUCUCUCUUCGGAGGUUGGCUAGGAGAUCAAGCAGAAAGAUUCAACGCUUUCCAUGGGCGACCUCUCGUGGGACAGCUCGGCACCCUCUUGGCCCUACCGCUCAUCUACAUCGGCUUGUUGGGUAUACCAAGGAGGCCAGACUUCUUCGGACUGUAUGCAAUAGACAUGCUUUUCCUCGGCUUCGCAAUAUCUUGGUGUCCCAGCGGAGUGAACCGACCCAUUCUAUCUGAAAUCGUGGAACCGGAUUCUCGAGCGACAGUAUUCGCCACUCAAAUUGCAAUAGAAGGCAGCGUAUCAGCUUUGCUUGGAUCUCCAGUGAUUGCUCUACUGGGUAAAAGUCUUAAGAACACUUGCAUGAAUGAAUUGUCAGAAAAGGGUAGCAUCAGUAGAGAGUCGUCUGUAGAGCCAAACGCGGAAAAAUGA